AUGGCACCUCCAGCAUCAGCGGUUGUGCUUCCUGUAGUGAGCAAAAUUACCCGAGAACCAGAUGAAUUCGUCGAUGAUCUUCAUGAGUUGAACUUCUUGGCCUUUGGUGAUGAGCCUGAUACCCUGGUCAAGAAGGAGAGUCCCCAGAAUGAGAAGCAGAUAUCAGUGGAUCCUAUAUCGUUGUCUCUGAGGGAACCAAGCUUUAACUUCAUGUUGCCUCCUGUUCUUACAUCUCCUAGAGACACAACUGUGCCUCUUCCAGCAGUUCCACCAGUUCUACCUCCUGCAAAAACCAAGUUCAUAAGCUGCAGCCUCCCGAGCUCUGCGACAUCAUCUCCUCGAUUUGGCUCUAUUCUGUCAAUGAAGAAAUGGAAGAUUAAUGAAAAUCAACCUUCUCCCAAACAAGUUGAUAAUCUGGUCCGGCAGCGAUCCUUGGCACAUUCACGUCUCUCGUUGGUAAAGGAUGCCAUGCUAGUAAAGAGCAAGUCUUGCGGCGAAGGAAGAGCCUCUGCACCAUCAGAUGAGCUUGAACUUUGCUUCAGCAAACCUAAAGCUCCUGAAUACAACAAAAUUUCUCAUACCAACUUCUCCAAAGCUGAGACUAACAGAGAUGUUUACAAGAAUGUUAACAAUGUUGAUCCUUGCGAUGAGAACUUCAAAUGCGGCGCCCUUUGCAUGUUCCUCCCUGGCUUUGGUAAAGCAAAGCCAGAGAGAGCAAGAAAGGAAGAGGCUAUGGAGAAUGUGAUUUCCAGGACAGUUUCUUUAGAGAAGUUUGAAUGUGGAUCCUGGGCAUCAUCUGCCAUAGUUCAUGAUCACGAUGAAGAUGGAGACUCGAUGAAUCAUCUAUACUUCGACUUGCCACUGGAGUUGAUAAGAAACAAUUCGAAUGAUGCUCAUUGUCCAAUCAAUGCAGCCUUCGUCUUCGACAAGGACUUAAAGGGUGUGCUAAAAAAUGGUUCAACUUCAGGAAGAACAAGUGCCCGAAAAUCCCACGAAUCCUCCCGCCAUGUUCGGUUUUCUGUAUCAUCACCUACCCCAUCAUACUCUUCGUCUCCAGCUUCAUGCAUUACCCCUCGGCUGCGCAAGGCUAGGGAGGACUUCAAUGCAUUCUUGGAAGCUCAAAGUGCUUGA